AUGUCAAGGCAACCUUUAGCCACCCAAACUUUACGCAGACCCUCACUCCGCGUACCAAAGCUCAGUUUGACGCAGAGCCGCGACCCGUGGAUAUCCAUCUGGGUGUCCGUCUCAGCCCGCGAACCGGCGUUCAUCAAAGUCGGCUACGGUUAUCCAAUGGACGCCAACACACUCUUUACAUUCAGUCCCGAUCGCCGAAAGGUUCCGAAAAACUAUCAGAUCGACGCCUUCAUAAACCAAAUACAGUACAUCCAGAUUAAUGACUUCUACUUACCGGUAGCCGGUUUGCCUUUAGCGGCACGGGGAUUGCUGGAAGAGGUAAUCAAACUCGAGCUAACUGAAGAGGAAAUCGUGGCCCUGCAGUACUCGGUGCAGACACCGGGCAGUUUCCUGUACAACAUCCUGCAAAAGAAGAAAAAGCCGGGUUUAAAGCGAUAUCUGCGGGCGGAUUUCCGCUCCGCCCGGCGAACCGCGCCAGGUCAGGAUAUUGUACUGGAGGUGGUGGUUCCCGGCGGAUCCAGCCCGAUUCGUGAUCAUGGCAACGCUUCUGCUGUCAUUAAGGUAUUAUACGGGAAACCUAUCUUUGAAUUUUACAACCCAAUGAUGGAUCGGAUGCGGGAGCGCCCUAUUCUGGUGAGCACGACAAAUCUGACAGCAGGAGAAUACACGUGGAUGGCCGACUCCAUUUACCAAACUCACCGGCUGAUCAACGCCGACCCGGCCAACGCGGUUAUUACCGUUCAAGCCUACGGAUACGAAGAGGAGACCCGGGAUCGUACCGAUUAUUUCCACUACUUCAACGAAGCUUGCAGUCUGCACGAUCCGUCGGUAUCCUGUUACACGGAGCUCUUUCCCCUUCCCGAUUUUAAGUUCAGCGACAUUAUGAAUUUCAUCUUACCCGAGUUCCUUAAUGCGAUCGAUCAAACACGUAUUAAGAGGCCUGCUUAGAAAUGCCGGGCUUAUGGACUUCAACUGUUUUAUGUAAUCAGAAUACAUGUAUUACGGUUACAAGUUAUACACAUACUGGGCACUGCUGUUUCGCUUUUGCUCUUGCGGAUGGACUUCCAUGAUGUGCAACCUUGCUCUAACUGAA